AUGUGUCCGCCAGGUUCUGGACUGACGAUGAAGGAGCCGUGUACCAGGACGUCAGACACGGUUUGUAAACCGGUCGAAGGAUUUUACUGCGUAAAGUUGGACAAGCAAAGCUGCAUCGAAGCACGGAAACACGCAGUCUGUGAACGAGGACAAUACAUCGCACAGAAAGGAACCUCCUACACUGACACCGAGUGCUCCAACUGCACUGCUGGAACGUUUUCAAACGGAACCAUGUCUUCUUGCCAGAAACACAAGCAAUGUGGCAUCUCUCUGCUGCUGAAACCAGGAACAGAGUCAGAAGAUGCCCAGUGCGGACAUCUACACCCAGCCAUAGUCGCAGUGAUAGUC